GAGUUUGCCGUUACGAACAUCUGCGACGUCGAAUGGAACCCGUCUUCGAUUGACGACGUGAGAAUUCCGGAGAGCCAGAAGAUGCCCAUUCUAGCCCUCACCAAGACGUAUCUGCAGCGCACUCCGGAAGAUGGCUUUAAGGACCUCGUCCAAGGGAAAGGACGCGGGAUCAACUUCCUGCUCCAUGGGCCGCCGGGAGUGGGCAAGACCCUGACGGCAGAGACGCUGGCAGAGAGCUCUCGAAUUCCGCUAUACACAGUCCCUGCUGGCCAGAUUGGAGUGGAUCCGGUGAAGGUGGAACCGAUCUUGAAAACCAUCUUCAAGAUCGCCAGCCGCUGGAAAGCCCUCUUGCUCCUCGACGAAGCGGAUGUGUUCCUGGCUCAGCGCUCAGAGAACGUGCAACUCAAUGCCCUGGUCUCGGUGUUCUUGCGGGAGCUGGAACACUACGAUGGCAUCCUGUUUCUCACCACCAACCGACUGCAGGCGUUUGACGAGGCGGUGCUCAGCCGGGUGCAUCUGGCCCUGAGGUACGAACCGCUGAAGCAAGAGGCACGUAUGGCUGUUUGGAAGUACUUUCUC